CGGUUCCUAUUCAAACACCAACGGACGACAACAAGAAACACUUAUUUUUCUUACUACACCUGUCAAUUGGGUGGAUAUGGUUGAGCAUUUUUAGAUACAGCUUUAUGAUCCUAUAAACCCACACAUCUUAUGCUGUGAACAGCAACGCAAUCUACACCCAAGAGCUCGGACACGGCUCCCACCCAACCGUCCCAAGCACCAUGGCCUCCUCCUCCCCCGACUACGCGCGCAUCCAAGCCCUCUACGCCAAAGCGCGCGAAAUAAAAGCCAAAGAAGACGCCGCCGCCGCCAUCAAAAAAGAAGCCUCCCGCCUCCCCACCGCAGCCGAAAAGCGCGACGCCAUCUGCGCCGCCGACUUCCGGCGUCAGUGGAACUGGACGACCCUCUUCUUCACAUGGUUGUUCUUGGUUAACGCUGCGGGGAUUUACUUCUUUACAAAGGGAUUCUUGCUCACGAGGCUGGUGCUGGAGGAGCACUCGACGUGUGCGGACCCGCCGAGGCACUAUACACCGGACUCGGCGAGGGAGGGGUGCUGGCAUCCGAGGAGCUUUGAGAAGGCGGUUGUGGUUAUUGUGGAUGCGCUGCGUUAUGAUUUCGCGGUGCCUGUGAAUGGGAGUGAGGAGCAGCCGGCGCUGGCAUGUCAUAAUGCCCUACCCUUCCUAUACGAGACGGCUGUUAAGGAACCGCAUAAUGCGUUUCUCCUCCCGUUCAUCGCCGACCCGCCGACUACAACCUUACAGCGCCUGAAGGGACUGACGACGGGGACUUUGCCGACUUUCAUCGAUGCGGGGAGCAAUUUUGCGGGGACGGCGAUUGAGGAGGAUAAUUUGCUCAUGCAGCUUAAGGUGGCAGGGAGGCGUAUUGCGCAUUUGGGGGAUGAUACGUGGACGGCGCUGUUUCCGGGGUACUUUGAGGAAAAUGUUAGUCGUGCCUACGACAGCUUCAAUGUGUGGGAUCUGCAUACUCUCGAUAACGGGGUCAUCGAGCACGUCAUGCCGCUGCUGAAGCAGAAGCCCGCUGGAGCAGCUGGCGUUGGCAAGGAGGACUGGGAUGUGCUGAUUGCGCACUUCCUGGGCGUUGACCAUGCGGGACAUCGGUAUGGACCGGAUCACCCUGCCAUGACGGCGAAGCUGGCACAGAUGGACGGCGUGCUGCGCGAUAUCGUAGCUGCGCUUGACGACGACACUCUGCUUGUUGUGAUGGGUGAUCAUGGUAUGGAUGCUAAGGGCGACCACGGCGGCGAGAGCGACGACGAAGUGCAAGCCGCGCUGUGGAUGUACUCGCGCCGCGGGAUCUUCGGGCGCACUGCCCCGGAAACGCUGCUGCCACCGGCAACUGCGAAGGAUGCUCGCGCUGUGAACCAGAUCGAUCUCGUGCCCACGCUGGCGCUGCUGCUGGGUCUGCCUAUUCCAUUUAAUAACCUCGGACGCCCAAUUGAGGAGGCGUUCGCGGGGCGGAAGGGCAAUGACUGGGCAAACCUAGCUAGUGUGGCUGCCAUGACGGCCGCUGGUGUGGAGAGGUAUCAGGAUGCCUAUUUCAAGGCUAGGGGCAUUGAGGAAGGGAAUGCUGGGACGAGGGCGCUUUGGGGGGGUGCGCAGGAGGCGCUACAAAGAAGCCUUGGCGGGGAGAAGGGGACGUACAAGAGGGCGUAUGCUCUGCUCACCGCGUAUCAGCGGGAGACGCUAGAUAUUUGCCGUGGACUGUGGGCGCGCUUUGAUGUGACGAGUAUGGUUCAGGGUCUUGCGAUCAUGGCUGCGAGUCUGGUGGUGCUUCUCCUCUUCGCGCGGAAUGCCGGCACGGAUAGCCCUGUUAUGUCGCCUGAGCUCGAGCAGGCGGAGCUGCAACUUGAAAAGAACGGUGUGGAUGCCCCUGCGAACGCUGAUGCGGACGGGAUGGACUCCGAGCCAGAUGACUUCACAACCUCUGUCGUGAAGGGUGCUUUCAUCGGAAUCCUCGCUGGCGCCUCUCUCGGCGUCACUGCAUCCUCCCUCUCCCCCGAACCGUCGACCAUCAACGACACCCUCCUCGGCGCCACAGCCUGCAGUCUUCUCGCCGCCCUCAUCGCUGCCGUCGGCUCCCCCCUCCCCUACCGCGCACCCUUCCCCACAACACCGUGGUCGUUCCUCGCGCUGCUCCUCCCCGCCCUCCCCGCCAUCGGCUUCGGCGCCAACUCCUUCACAAUCUGGGAAGACCAAAUCCUGCUCUUCCUCCUCACCACUCUCGGGCUCAUCUUCCUCUUCGCCUCCUUUUCGCUCCCCUCGCCCGAGCGAACCCUGGGAAUCACGCAAGCCGUCCUCUUCACGCUCCUCACAUGGCUCGCCUCCCUGUCUAAACUCUGCCGUGAGGAACAAAUGCCUUUCUGCCGCUCUACAUAUUACGCCUCCGCGACAUCCUCCACAUCCGCACCCUGGCAACUCGCCCUCCCCUACCUCACUACCCUCCUGCUCCCGUCAGUCUUGAAAUCCUACCUCCUCCCCUCCCGCAACUACCGCGGCCCUGCACCGCUCUUCCUCAAUACCCUGCGUGCGGGGCUUCUCGCAUGCGCCAUCUUCUGGACCCUCGACGCCGCUGAUGACGGGGCAUGGUUCCCCUUCCUCCCUACUGGACUUCUGAAAACCGCGCGCGUAGCUAUCGCGCAGGUGGUGCUGGGAAUCGGAUUUGUCGCCGGACCGGUGGCGUACGCGUACUCAUCUCCUUGCGUCAGCAUUACCCGCGCUGCUACCCAGGGGCCUUCCAGCACCGCUGCGCCCGCUGCGGCUUCCUCGCGCAUGACCGUCACGGUGCUGGGAUACGCUAAUGCGCAGGGGAGUUCGUACCUGCUUCUCCUCUCGUCACUCCUGCUGCCACUCCUGCUUCUCCAGAAGCCAAUGGGCGCCUUCGCGCUCGCGCUAGGCGCGUGGCAGAUCCUCGCGCUGGCGGAACUGGUCGAUGUGCUGAAACUCCGCGAGUCGCCCAUUGCGCCCGUGGCUCUGGCACUGAUGGGGUCCUUUUACUAUUUCAAGACUGGGCACCAGGCUACGCUGGCCAGUUUGCAGUGGGAGAGCGCGUUUGUGCCAUUGCAUGCUGUGGUGUACCCGUGGAGCCCCCUGAUGGUGGGGUUGAAUACUUUUGGUGGCCCGAUACUUGCCGGGCUGGGAGUACCGCUUGUGGUGCUGUGGAAGAGGGAGGUUAGGGGGGGAGGGGUGGCGGGGGAGGUGGCGAGGGGGGUGGCGUGGUGGUUGCUUGUUGUGUUGGGGUGGGGGGCGGUGACGGCGGGGGGGGCGGGGUGGUUGAGGAGGCAUUUGAUGCUGUAUAGGGUGUUUAGCCCGAAGUGGAUGAUGGCGGGGGGGACGGGGUUGGUGGUGCAGGUUGUGGUUGGGGUUGUGGUGUGGUUGGGGGUUGGGAGGUGUGUUGGGGGGGUGGGAGAGGUGUUUGGGUGGGUAUAG